AUGGAGAACUUCUUGAGUGCUUUCGAGCCCGUAUCUCUCGACGACGAAGAGACUUCUUCUCUUGCUCAGGGGUUUGCGACUCCGCCGCGCCACGUCGCUUCUCCAGAGGCCUUCCCCCUGGGCGGCAAAGAACCCCUCCUGACUCUUGGCUCUUCGUGCCCACAGUUUUCUUCCGAGGCGUCUCCCCUUCCCACCCUUUCUGACUCUCCGCGCUUUCCUUCCUUCUCCCCUCCAGGCGACGCGGUUCCUGCCUGCGCCCACGAGCGGCCUACGAACAGCGAGGAGAAUCUCACAGUGCUGCUCUCCGACGAGUUGCCUGGAAAGAAACGAGAGAGCGUCGCGCAUGCACAUUCCUCGAGAAUGGGAAGAGGCGCACCUGGAAGUCAACAGGGGUCUUUGGAACAUCUGGGGGACUUCGCCGACGUCGACUUCUUCCAAAACACCGGGGUCGCGGUCCCACAGCGCGCUGCUGGCCCCAGCAGAGACAGUUCGAGCAGUUUCCACAGAGAAGAAGGCGCCGCGUCUUUCAGGCUGAUGAGCGACUUUGCUUGCGCGAGUGUCUCUGGCGGCAGCCGGGCCGAGGGCACCUUUCCUGAGGCGAGCCAGAAUGGCGUGCAGGGGCCUCUCUGUAAAAUCAAUGAACAGCGGAGACUGGUGUCUCGUGGGGAUCUCAGCGCGCAUGCAUGCAACGGCGAUACGGCCAAAGGCGAACGGCCCACGUCCCCGCGUGUGAAUGUGCACAACGCCUGCGACAGCGACUUCAAGAUCAGCCAUGAGUCGUCGAUGGAAGAUCUCCUCGGCUCCCCUUCCGACGGGGAGAAAAGAAAAGACAAGGAAGAGGCCGGAGACAAGCGAGAAGACGUGGACGAAGAGCAGGGACCGCAGCCAGUCGAAACUGGCGAAAACAAACACUUACCAGCCUCAAAGACACGUCACAGCACAGACAGCCGAUGCUCCACGGUGUCCUCUUCCUCGACGUGGGCACCGUCUUCCGCGUCCUCUCCUUCCCUUUCCGCACCGUCUUCCUCGUCUUCCGCUUCUCCCUCGUCGUCCCCCCCUCCCUCAUCUACUUCCUCCUCUUCUUCCGCUUCUUCCUCGCCCCCUCCUUCCUCUCUCCCUCCUUCUUCUCCCCGUCCUUCUCCUUCUUCUCCCCCUUCUUCUUCUCCCCCUCCCUCUUCACCCCCUUCGUCUUCCCCACCCGCUGCGUCUUCGGCGUCCCCCUGGCUUUUUUCGGAAGGCGAGGACGAGACCGAAAGCUGCGAGGCUCAUGCGAGCAAGCGUUCGGCUUAUCUUCGAGCACGCGCCACGGGUUAUGUGUCCAACGAGAUGUGGUUCGAGUUGCUAGGUGUGAAGAUAGGCUCAGCAGACGCAGAAGAGGACGAAGGACUGCUUUUUCUCGCUCGCAUCGUCCUGCGUUACUUCUCGAGGGCCACUUCCGAGCCUUCCUCUUCUUUUUCUACUCCAGCUCUCCUGCAUGCGCUGCACAGUUUCCGGUGUCGCUACACCCCGCGAGUUCUCGCGGAGCAUUCUCGUGUGCAGGCGAAACACGCACGUCGUGCGGCUUCGCCCUCGGAAGGCGGCAGCAAGCGCUCGUCGCUGUCUUCCCUCGCCAGUCAGCGCGUUCGGUCCUGUGGAGGGCAGGAGGCAGAGGGCGUGCCGUGGGUGAUUCUUGAAGAGGGUGAAAAUUGUCAGCAAGACUCGCGUCGCAACCCGAUUCCACCCGCGGUUUCUUCCCCGGUGGCAGCUGCCGCUCUCCCGCUGGAGAUCCAGGACGAGAAGUCGCAGGACCGCGGAGACGGCGACUCACCUCCCUCGAGAGUCGACUCGGGCUCCUCGGCAGACGAGGAUUUCCUCGAAGACGUCCGCCUGGACGACGAUAUUCUGGCGACUCGGGCACACCUCAGCGACGCAGAGGGACGCGUGGAGUCACGGUCUCUGGCCCCGUCCUCUCUGAGCGUGAACACCUCCCCCGUCUCGCUCGCCUCUUUGGGUCUCCCGGACGGCGCUGGCUCUUCUCUCGCGUCUCCGGAACGUGGAGAGGAGAUUGGGACCGCAGCUGAGGACCGAGUGCGGAGACAGGCAGGCGAUUACGGGAAACUGCUCGAGUCGCUGGUCGCCUAUCACCUGCCGUUUCUCGGCAGGCACCUCCGCUCGCUGGGCCUCUCUCCGGAGAACUACGCCAGCCAACUACUCUCUUCUGCCUUCGCUUCCUGCUGCUACCCGCCGUGUGAGAUCGACAGUGCGGACGGAAAGCGAGGCGAGCCUCAGAGCCACACACAGACGGAGAGCGAAGGCCCCAGCGCGCAGCCCGACUGUCUCUCCUUUCCUCUCCACAACGAGGGCCAGGGCGCGCCGCGAGAACACCAAGUGCCGAGGCUGUGGGAGGUCUACGCGGCAGAAGUCUGUGUCCAGCAGAUUUGGCGCUUUCUCGUUCUCGCAGGGGAACCUGCAGCUCCCGCGCUCGUCCUCCUCGCGUUGUUGUCGCAGCAGGCAGCGGAUCUUUCGUGUUCCUCGUCGCCGGCGGCCGCGGCUUCUCUGCUGGCUGCUCUCUCGCUGUCUGACGCGGAGGCUGACUUCGGUCCAGGCGUGCAUGCGGGCGUCCAGUCUCUCUACACCUCGAGACGGGCGGCAGAGGUUGCAGUUUCGCGUCUCCCUUCCGCGCUCUCCGGGGAACUCGCCCCCGCGGAGCUGCCUUCUUCGCUGUCUGUUUCUUCGCGAGAAGGCCUCGCAACGGCCUUCCGCCUGUGGCACGUGGCGGCGCUCUACGGCGUCCAGACACCGCGCUCGUUCAGCCUGCGGCUGUCGAGUUUUGAGCGCGCGGAGGAAGGCAGCGCAGAGCAGGCAGAUGCAGCGAGUUCUUCCUGCGCGCCUUCUACGGAGGAGCUUUCAAAGACGCCAGGCGACGACGAGGCGCCGGAUUCGGGAGAAGCGAGAGGGUCGACACGAGAGCCGGCUCUGGAGGCGCAGGGUGCGUCUUCCCUCAAGGCCUUCGGCGUGUCUGCGCCCGAGUCGAGAGACAAGAGACUCGAGUCUCCGCUCGCGUCUGGGCCGCAGCCGGUCAUGGCCUUCGAGGCCCACGACCUGGUCCAGGCUUUGAAGGAGAGUGCCCGAAUAAAGUGCGAGUACCUCGGCCUUCUUCAGGAGAACGCGCGGAUGCAGGAGCGGUCGGCAGACGGGGAAAGACCAGCGGAUCUCCUGGUCCCUGAGAACUUCCUUCUCGCGCACUGGCCGCCGUCGGUGAUUGGGAUCGACGUUCUCUUUCCAGCGCUGGCACUUGCCGCGCACCUCGCGCGAGCGAGCGAGGCGGGUCGCGAGAAAUCGACGGAUUCGACUUGCCAGUUGGCCGCGUUGCAGGCGGUGCCCGCUGGGUGUCCCGUCCUCCGCAUGUCGGUGUGUCUCUCGACGCUGCUGGACGUCUUUGCGUUCGUCUUGGAAGCAUGGACAAUGACGCUGAUCGACUGUCGAACACUCGAAGAGGUCGAGAGGAGCGGAUUCGUGAGACUCGCGCAGGCAGUCCUCAUCGACGGCCAAGUGCUCAGGCGAGCUGCGCGCACGGACGCGUCGGUCGCCGCGUCCUCUCGAGCGGUCGGAGACGCCACGGCGCAACUCGAGAGAGAUCGCCUCGAGGACGGCGGAGCAGCGAGCGCAGCGGAGGAAGACGCACCCCCUGGGGAUCAGCGCGCGACCCGCGAGGGGAACUCGCGCUCUUUCCUCGAAGCUUCCGGCCUGAAGACGCUGCUGGCGAAAACGCGCUCGUCGGCCUUCCUCGGGAGGUCGCCGGAGAGCCUCGAGGGUGCACUGCAAUUUGCGCAGAAAGAGACAGACGCCGAGGGCGACGAGGAACUCGAACACUUGCUCCUCAAGUGCGAGGUCGCGAGAGGGAAACCCCUGACAGUCCUCGGAGACGACGCGGGCUUGCCAGAGAAGGAAACGGAAGACUGCGCAUGCAUUCUCUCACGUCUCCUUAUUGAGAACCAAUUCGGACGCGUCUCCUGCCUCGUCGGCGGAUGGCCCGCGCUGGUGGCAGCUAUUGACCGCGCCGAGCUCUCAUCUCAGCUUCUCACGGAGGGCCUUGUCUCCUGUUCCGCCGCGGGCGCUGCCCUACGGUUUUCCGACGCCUCCAACGCAGCCGCAGGGGCUGCGGCUGCGCUCCAAGAAUGGGGCUCUAAGGCGAAGGAAAAGGCGCGAGGUUGGGUUCAGGCCUCGGCUUCGAAAACGCAGUCCCUUCCACUCAAAUGGCAAACGUUUCGGAAGUCCCAGGCGGCGUCUUCUACCGACGGGUCUGCAGAUAUUGACGGCGCGAAGGAAGCAGCGCCGCAUGCAGAAGACGCCGGCGACGCUGACUCGGCUCCAGACAAGGACGAGCGUGGGGGAGAGAACGCGGCUGAGAAAGAGCAGGAGAUUCCUCCGGCGGCAUCGUCUUCCUCUCGUCCUCUCGAAGAGAUGAAGAACCAAGCUGCAAAUAUGAAGGCUGCCGCAGUAACCCUCUUCUCUCAACUCUGGACGAAACCGCCGUCCUCCAACGACACCAUCGACCUUCCUUCCUCUUCGUCCUCCUCUUCCUCUUCUUCUGCUUCUCGGUUUUCCGCUCUGUUGCGAGGCGAGGGCGGCGUCCAGGAAGGGUUCUUGAAGGCGCGUGAGGCUGUGGCGGGGGAAGAAGGGGAGACGGCAGAGACCCGAGAUGGCGAGAAGAGCGAUGCACCCGAUGCGGAGGCUGUCUGUCCGGGUUCUGUCUCGCAGGCACCGUCUGUAAAAGAGGAAAGGAAAGUCUCAGUCGAAUCAACCUCUCGAAACGUCUCUCCUUCCUCUUCCGCCUCUCCUUCCUCUUCUUCGUCUUCUUCGGCUAUCGGGCCUUCCGAGCGAGAAGGAACCUGGACCCCGGAGUCUACGGGCGAACCGACUCGGCGAGAGAAGGUUUUGUCUUCGCUUCUUUCCUCGACUUUGGGCGGCGCCGAGUACGUGAAGAGAAACUCACUCAAGUGGAAAGACAGUCUCAAAAACAUAAACUUGUCGCGGGCCUUCCAGGCUACACAGUCCGACGCAGCAGGGGAGAAGCACGAAGGCGAGAGAAGUCUCGCAGGCGUUCUAGGCGCCUUGGCGGCAGAGGGCAAGAGAGAGAAGAGUCCGAGCUGCGAGCCGUCGAAUCCAGAGACCGACAGAACCAGCAAGGCGAGUCGAGAAAGCUUGCGACAACACGGAUCCUUCGAAGAAGACAGAGACCGAUCGAGGAUCCUCGGAUACGAGGAAGCGACAGGAGCCUUCGAAGUCCUCGGUGACGUACGGUCAGGACUCGCCGACGUCGCCAGACUCGGAGAAGCUGGCCUUCUCGCCAGUGACGCCGACGCGGAAGACGGCGUCUUUGAAAUUGGCGAUGAUGAGGAAAUUGAAAAUCGUGGCGCGAAUGGAGGCUUCGGACCCGUCGAGCGCGUAGGCACCGACGCCGGCCAGGACCUCAUGCUCAUGAUGAAGAAAUAUGAAAUGUACAUCCAGGAAAUUCAGCGCCUGCAGAAAGGAUCGAUCAUCGACCUCGUCGAGGUUCAAAAGCAGAUCGGCGAUCUCCAGAUUUUCGAGGGCCUGAAACUUCGGCCGAUCAAGCCUCGGUGGAGCUUCACGCUCGCCGAGGGCGUCGUCACAAAGAGCGCCGAGAAGAAGUCGCUUCGCUGGCUGCUCCUGACACUGCAUCAGCUGAUUGUUUUGGAGCCGCACUGCUCGGAGAAGGGAGACGAGAAGGACGAACAAGAAUCCGAAGGUUCCCCGGCCGAUCGGAGUCCAGAGAAUGCGCCUCCUUCGACGUCGCCUCCGCCCUCGAUCUCGUCGCUCUGCUCUGAAAACGGAGACGCCGAGAGGGACGGGCGGUCGCUGCUUCAGCCUCGCACCGGCUCGGCCUCGUUCUCGGGAGUCGCAAAGUGGUCUGGGCAGUGGAGGAGUGCGGUUCUCUCUUUCGGCGAAAAGGCCAAAGACGCGUUUCAACACAACGCCGUCGUCGAACAACUCUCCCUGCAGCGUGCAGGGACUGACAACGGCGGAGCUCCGACCUUCGAGACCAUCACGGGAGUCAUCACCCUGCCGCAUGCAACUUCUAGGAGAGGCGAAGGAUUUCCCACAGUCUGUUGCAAGGCGCGCGUGAAGAGCAAUCACCGACUCAGCGAUCUGCAGAAGGCUCUCCACUUCCCUGACGAUGCACAUCGUCUUUCGCUGGUUUUCUGCAAUGGAAAAAGUAACUCGUACGAGAUCCUCGCGCGUUCGGCCUUUCUCGAGGCCAUCCAGAAUCGCCUCGCGUCUCUCAACAUCGAUGUUAGCAGUGCGUAG